AUGGAGAAGAAAGUAAUUCUAGAAGAGCUUCUUUUAAAGAAGUCACAACAGAAGAAAAAAAUGUCACCAACAAAUUACAAAGAACGUUUGUUUGUUCUGACAACAGCAAAUCUUUCUUAUUAUGAGUAUGACAAGSAGAAAAGAGGAAGCAAAAAAGGGUCAAUUGAUAUUAAGAAAAUCCGGUGUGUUGAAACAGUGAAUCUAGAGGAAUCGGCACCUCCUGCAAGACAGUAUCCAUUUCAGAUUGUGUACAAGGAUGGCCUACUCUAUGUCUAUGCAACUAGUGAAGAGAGUCGGAACCGAUGGCUGGCAGCUUUGCAUAAAGAAAUUAAAGACAAUUCUGAUUUACUAAACAAGUAUCACAAAGGAUUCUUCACCAAUGGAAAGUUUCUCUGCUGCAACCAGACAUGUAAAGCAGCCCCUGGAUGUACAAUCUGGGAGAAAUACGUGGGUCUACACUGUACAACCAAGUCUGUGAAACCACUGCCUCCCAUCCCUCAAACUCUGACACAUAGAAGGCUCUCCCAGGUGCUAUCACCAGACAAGUCAGACCUGAAGAUAGCUUUGGCCCAGUACAACUACGAACCAACAGAAAAAUCAACUAUUCGUCUUGUUAAAAACAAGAAAUAUUAUGUACUGAAAGAAGAAAAUUCUGGCUGGUGGCGAGUAAAGGAUUUGGAAGGGAAUGAAGGCUUCGUACCAAGUUCUUACUUAAGAAAGCUAUCUCUGAAUGAUGAUGAGCCAAGUUGGUAUGCUGGUAAUAUCUCCCGUGCCCAGUCUGAGCAACUGCUCCGUCAGAAGGGGAAAGAAGGUGCUUUUAUGGUUCGUAAAUCUAGCCAAGCAGGAAUGUAUACGGUGUCUGUAUUCAGCAAGGUUCCUGAAAGUAAAAAAGGAGCAAUCAAACAUUACCAUGUGCACAGAACCACUGAAAACAAGUAUUAUCUCGCUGAAAAAUACUGUUUUGAAUCAAUUCCCAAGCUUAUUCACUACCACCAGCACAACUCAGCCGGUAUGGUGACAAGGCUCCGGUAUGCGGUGUCUACUCAAGCAAAUAAGGUCCCAGCCACAGCCUCAUUAGGAAACGGAAUCUGGGAGCUGAAACGAGAAGAAAUUGUAUUAUUAAGAGAACUAGGGAGCGGUCAGUUUGGAGUGGUUCAUCUUGGAAAGUGGAAGGGACAAUAUGAUGUGGCCAUAAAGAUGAUCAAAGAGGGAGCAAUGUCAGAAGAUGAAUUCAUAGAAGAAGCUCAGAUCAUGAUGAAACUUAAUCAUCCCAAACUUGUUAGACUGUACGGUGUAUGCUCAAAAUCAUAUCCCAUCUAUCUAGUGACAGAAUACAUGCCUAAUGGCUGUUUACUUAGCUACUUAAGGAGUCAUGGGAAGGAACUGCAACCUCUUCAGCUUCUAGAAAUAUGUUAUGAUAUUUGUGAUGCUAUGGCCUUCCUGGAGAGCUGUCAGUUCAUACACAGAGAUUUGGCUGCUAGGAACUGUUUGGUUGACAGCAAUCUUACUGUGAAAGUAUCUGACUUUGGAAUGACUAGGUAUGUUCUGGAUGACCUGUAUAUAAGUUCACUAGGAACUAAGUUCCCAGUGAAGUGGUCAGCACCAGAAGUUCUUCAUUACACCAAAUACAGCAGCAAGUCAGAUGUGUGGGCCUUUGGUAUCUUAAUGUGGGAAGUAUUCACUUUGGGAAAGCAACCCUAUGAGCUGUAUGAUAACAUGCAGGUGAUUGAGAAAGUUUCUCAGGGAUUCCGGCUUUACAGACCACAACUGGUUUCAGACAUCAUCUACCAGAUAAUGCACAACUGCUGGAUUGAGCAACCGGAAAAGCGUCCCAGUUUUUAUCAGCUCCUGUCGUUUUUUGAGGCUCUGAGGGAAGAUGACAGGACUUGA